AUGCAACUGACUCUGGCCUACGGUAUGAAGGCUUCAGAUUAUCUGCAAGGGAUGCCAAAAGGAGACAUCAAACCAGGUUGGGAGGAUCUUGGAUGGGCGUGGGGAAAGCGGAGUGCAAUAGGAGAGCUAUCGUAUCCACGAAGAUUCCUGCGAUCGAUGCAAUUGGUCAAGAAGAAUCCAGAUUGGCAUGAUCUCGGCUGGACAUGGGGUCGUCGAAAGUGA